CACGUAUUUUAGAACACGAUGCGGAAGAACAAUUAGCUUCAUGUCCCCGUUCUUUCGUUUCGUGUUUUGUUAACUGAGAAUCGGAGAACCGAUCGUAAUCGCUUGCGAGGACGCGAUGGUGGGCGUGAACUCCACCGUUGACUCCACGUGAAAUAAUACCGAAGCUACAGAGUACUGUACCGAAGCUAAAGCCCGUUGUCGGCGCAUAUCGAUGGGAAACGUCAUGGAGGGGGAAAAACCUGCUGUGGGUUAAAUGUAUCCGAGACGCUGCUACCACCGUUGAGCAAAGCGUGCGAUCACAUCGUGCGAUCACAUGUGGUUGUGCGUAGCGCGCAUUUCCUUGUUCAAGGUGUCUGACAAGGAAGGAAGAGUCAGCGCCGGGAGAACGACUUGCCAAAAACGAUCUGCGCUUGACGGGCGCGCGCGGGAGCUGCGAGCACAGUGCAAACAGCUGCCUUCACCCAAUGCACCUUGGAGCGAUCCGUCGUCGCCGGUUGUCACUGUUGUUUUGUUUUUACGCCACAGAAUACCUACGAACUGGCUCGCAUGCGCUUUCAGCAGUCGAUAGCUCAGUGGAAAACGUCGGCACUCGCAUCUCAGAGACAGCCAGCUCGACUGGUUAAAAUAGUUGAAAGUAUUAAGGAAACAUGAUUUCGCUCAUCAACCAUGUGGUUUUCUUUGUUAAGGACAUGCUCUGGUUAUACGUCCUGUCAGCCUAUUAUCUUCUCUGGGAGUGCCUACUGCGGAUAAAAAGCCAGCUUUCGCCGCAAGAGCAGAUGUCAUAUGGCUGCAUGCUGAACAAAACUGUUUUAGUGACGGGAGGAUCAGGAGGCAUAGGGCACGAGACAAUCCGAGCGCUUUUAUCUCUGGGCGCUCGAGUUAUUGAUGGAAGUCCAGACACCAACUUCAAUAAGGAACAGCGAAAGCACUUGCUUUUGGAUGGCCAACCUACGGCACAAGUGGAGCUGCUGCAUCUUGACCUGAGCUCAAUGGCUUCUGUAAAGACAUUCGCAGAAAAUAUACUUAAAAGUGAAAGCAAACUUGACCUCCUUAUUUGCAAUGCUGGUGUGAUGCUGAUGCCGUACCAGGAAACAGAAGAUGGGUUUGAGUCACACAUGAGCAUUAACUACCUUGGCCACUGCCUACUGACUGCCUUGCUGCUGCCUCUGCUGAUUGCUGCUGGUAACAAAGGACCAACAGCAAGGAUUGUUAAUGUGUCUUCGUGUGCACAUAAAGCUGCCCGCAUAAACUUGGACGACCUCCACAGCAGAAAGAGGUACUCCUGUUACCACGGUUACACUCAGUCAAAGUUGGCACAGGUGCUGUUCACAAAAUCGCUUGCAAAGCGUUUUCAAGCCAAGGUUAUUCCUGUGACUGUCAACUGCGUCCACCCAGGAAUUGUGAACACUCAACUUUACCAGAGGGUGUGGUGGGCCCCACUAGUUGCCGGCCUUGUCUUCAAGACACCGGAAGAGAGUGUUAAGACUGUACUGCAUGCAGCGCUUUCGAGCGAGCUUGAAGGCAUCAGCGGCUGCUAUCUGGAGGAAUGUGCACUGGCUCAGCCUCUCUCCGUGUGCAACGACCGCUCCAUCCAAGAGAGACUUUGGAACAAGACAUGGGCGCUGCUCAAGCCAUGGUUAAAUGACUGUGCCAGUACUGUGAACACCCUGCUUGCCUCCUGAGACUUCAGGAAUCUAGGCACUGGACUUUGUAUGGAUGUGAUAAACUGCAGAGCUGAGGCUUUUGUAGCCAAGAAUAAUGGAAUUGCUCAGGCGUAAAGAAAAUAUGACAAUUUAUUCCUAAUUUCGUAUCACUUGUAAUGGCAGCUAAUGGAACAUCUGCAAAGAAAUAAGAAGAUAUAAUGAGGAAACAUACUAAUCACCAUCAACUGUUAUUCAAGACACAACUCUCUCAUAGACACACUUUUUUCUUGCUGUUUGAUGGUGGACUCUCCACUAUGCCAUUUGCCAAACGUGGCAAAUGAAAUACAGCUGAACCUACAUAUAACGAAUGAUUCUGUAUAUGGAACAGGUGUAAAAUCUCCUUGAAAAUUUCUGUAGGAAAUUUUUCUUGUAUACAUAGAAUUACCUAUAGUAUAUCAAACUUUUUGGGAUCCUCUUCAGAUUCGAUAUGUCCGGAUUCGACUGUACACUGCUCAAACAAAAGAAAUUUUGUUAAAUGUGCACAUCUUCGCAUAGAUGCAUGCACCUGCCAGUGUUAAUACAAGAGAACUCAAAGAGCUAUACUCCCUUCCAUACUGCUGAAAGUCACAAAACUUCACCUAUAUUAAGGAUCUUUCUUCAUGCUGCAGUUCAAAGUCUGCUACCCACACAGUCAUUAAGGUCAAUGACAAUGUCACUUUCUUUGUACUAAGUGAAAGUUAUCACACAGGUCACACCUUGUGAUGUAGGCAUUUAAUUUCUUUUACGUACCUAACACAUGUACUGUGAUGUAAUCAGUAUUCUUUUCGUACAGUUAAUAGUCAUACUAGAUCCUCCUUUGGUCAUUAUCCCUCGGGCUUGGUGAGAUAACAUAGUCCGCGGGUAGCAUACGCUGCUGUGAACAUCUCAGCCAAGUUUUGCUGUCUUGCUUGGUGCAUGGAGCUCGCAAGCGGAGUGCAAAGUCAUUUUUCUCUCAAACGCUCUUUCCAAACAGAAGUCUGCUCCUCACUCUCUUCUGGAUGCUUUAUUUCAACAUAAAGCAGAUUCCCAUACGCA